AUGGCUCAACCCUCGCUUGGCUUCGGCCACCACGUACACUUCCAUCAGACACCUAGCUUCCUCAUGGCCCCCAAGGGUUCCGCUCGCUCAACCGGCAAGUGCAAGAGCAGCGACGCUACUCCCACUGAAGGUCAUGGGAAGGCCAAGAAGCGGAAGGGAGAUAAAGUCACAAUCAACGCCACGGCUAGCUCAACUUCGGCCUCUAACAAAGUUUCGAUCGCGCGGUGGCGAAGCUCCACUGACAUCCAGACGAAAGCUCUCUCUGUACCUAAGAUGCGCCUUGUUGUUAACACAGAGUGGUGCGGCGAGAAGUAUUAUGUGCCAACGCGCGAACGGCUCGAGGAGCAAUACGAAGGGUAUCUGGAUAUCGACAUCGAUGACUGCGACCUUGAUGAGAUUGACCCAGAGGGAGAUAUGCAGAGAUUCAAGACGGAGUACACCAUCUCCAUCAAGACCAAUGAUGGGGAGCACAUCGGCGAAGUCAAACUGCUUGCGGUUGAUUUGACGAAUUCCGAUGAUUACGCGGACUUUUGGACCUGCUGGGAGACACAGAAACCCGAUCUCACUGAGUUUGGAUGGUACCGAGAAGCGGCAGGCACUAAAUGCUGGGAUAUCUCCCCAAAUGGAAGGGAAUGGGGAUUGGUAGCUAGGUACUUCUUCGCAAAGCCUAGUCCUUUGGGAAGCUCUCCUCUCGUCGACACCCCAGGCUAUGCUGAUUGGAUCAAACACGAGCGGCGCAUUCUCGCGUUUCAUCGUCGGGUUGGCUAUCGUCGUGUCGGCACCUCGCAGUACUUUGCGUUAGCGCUCAACUGCACACACCCAUCGCGCACUAUCAAGCCGGAAGCCGACGCAGAUUACGUUUCUGAAACCCCUAGAGGGAAAAGCGGGCGAGGAGUAUGGGUCUCCGUCUGA